AUGAAUGUCACGGGAGAUGGUUACUACUCGUCACACUAUUUAAACAAUCAAUUGAAGAAAAAAGAGUAUGAAUAUAUGCAACAAUUAUCACCACCUUUUCAAUCUCAAAAAUAUUCACCAACUCAAUAUGGCACAAAACCAAGUUUGUAUCAACCAGACUAUUUAGAUGUUGAAUUCGAUUCAAAUGAUGAGAUUCCAGAAUUUAUUGAUUCAAGAACUUACAAAAAACCUGUGAUGAAAAAUAUAAGGCCUAAAUCAGAAUUAUUGACACCACCUAAAUUAUCACCAUCCCAAGAUUUAGAUCAAGUUGAAUACUUAUCAGUUGAUGAUAAUCAAUUAAAAGAUGCAAUUACUCCGGCGCAGCUAAAUUAUCUUCACCAACAACAGGUUAGACCUUAUCAAGUUGAUCCUAGGGACCCGUAUCAACCAAAAUUUCAACCACCACCAAAAAGAGUCAAUAAAAAUAAUGAUUAUUAUUUGAAACAAAAAAAGAGACAUGAUAAUGCUAGUAAACUAUGUAAACCAAAAAUGUAUCCACAUAAAACAUUUCUAGAGGUCUUUGAGGACAAAAAAGACGAAGCAAGAUAUAAUCCAAUGGAUUUGGUAUUUAAAGGUAAAGAUGAUAAUGAAAAGAAAAAUUUAUUCAAUAAAAUGCAAGUUAAAUUUAUGAAAGAUAGUGUUGAUGACUAUAAUUAUUAUGAUCAUCGAAGGAAGAAAUCAAAUGAUGAAAUUUUUGUAAAUGAAGAUGAUGAAAAGGUAUCAUUAAAGAAAUUAUUAGGAAGGAAAAUUAAUCGUGCUAAAAAGGAGUUGGGACGUGAUUUUGAUGAUUAUGCAAGUAAACAAAGAAUGACAAAUACGAAAUUAAAAGAAGGUAAACUUUCAAAGAUUGAAAAUCUCGAAGAAAUGCCUGAAGAACCAAAACUAGCUGAAGAACCAAAAGAAUUAAUAUCUAAAUCUUCACAAUAUCCACCAAAUGAAUUAAAAGAGAAAUUUAGUCCAUUAUGGAAUUAUGUGCUUUCAUAUUUGGCUUAUGAUAGAAAAGAAGAACCAAAAGAAGAAGUUGAAGAAACUCAACUUGCAAAAAUUCCCAAGAAACGAUUUAAAAACUUUGGUAAAAAUUCAAAAUUAAUUAUAUCAAAUUGGAAUACACCUGCCAAUCAAAUUAGACAACCUAAAUCGAUUAAUAGUUCGUUAAAAGAUGAAGUGAUCAUAAUGAAUGAUGAAGCUCAAGAAUUUGUAGUCGAGUGUGAUGAUUCAGAAAUAGAAUCCAAUUUAACAGAAGAAUUAUAUUAUAAUCCAGAAACUAAACAAUUGGAAGCAGCUCCGCCUACAUCAGCAAGCUCAAUGAUACAACAAGAAGAAGCGCCAAAAUCUAAAAUGCAAGCUAUAAUGAGUAAACUAAAACUUCAAUUUGAUAUUAAUUGCUCAAUCGAUGUAGCAUCAAAUUUAAUGACUAUGAUCAAACAAAUUCAAAUAAUGAAAAUGAUAUUUUCACCUAUUGAUGUCAUUGGAGAACAUUUCCCACAUUUACAAACAAUUGUCAUUUUCAUUGAAUUAUUGAUCUUUUUAUGGAUUCUUUAUGAACUUAGCAAAUUAAUAGAUGCAAUUUGUAUGAUGGUUAAAGCAUUUUGUGCCCCAAUGAUUGCAAUUGGACGAUUAAUGAAUAGAAUUAUGUAG